UCCAGCAAGUACAGCUUUAGUAUGCCUUCUGUUUGUUUGAAAGGCUGGCUGAGUAUUUGCUCUCUGGUGUUAGCGCUAUGUUCUGCUCGGGCUCAAGUUGGAGAACCGCUAAGCCAAGACGUUCUGGACACUUUCAAGAUCUUCGAAAUGCAUGAGUACGGCAUCGCAAUGCUGGAUGUUGACCAGGACGGAGACCUGGACUGCUUAACCGCGAGGCGAACGGAAUUUCACAAGGACCCUCCAAGCGCCACAUACGUCUGGAUGCUGGGGGGACUCAAUGGAAAAGAAAAAAAGGAGAUCAUAUUUCACUUCAAACCGGGACCCACGCCUGACCAGGCUAUAUUCACAAUGGAUGGUACUGACGGUACAGAGCAACUCCUGAAGACAGUCUACACAGAUUACGCGGCAUGCGCUCUCUUGCAACUUCCAUAUGGAGGAAGAGAAGAGUGCAUGCUGUGGGUUACAAAUGAAUCCAAGAACGAGGUUCCUCAGACGUGCGUUGACCAAUUUCGACAACACUGCGACGUCGAAGUGGUGGCAUAUGACGAAGACACCUGCAGUCAAUUGGAGGACAAUCGCUAAGGCGCUCUUUCUGGAAAUCUAAGUUUAACACGCCGAAUCAGGCGUAAGUUAUUGCGGAUAUCCCCUGCUUAGGGCAUUAAAUAGGAGUAAAAUGUUAAUUUACAGUCACCGCGGUGAUUCAGGUUACGAUGCUCGGAUGCUAACCCAAACGUCGCGGGUUCAAUCGCAGUCGCGGCAGGUCGCAUUUCAGUGAGGCGAAAUGCUAGAGCCCCGUGCACGUAGAUUCAAGUGAAUGUUACACAGCCCCAGAUGCUCGA